UAAUUACAGAAUAAAGAAAUGAACACACACAAUGUGAAUAGAUUUAUAAAUUAAACAAAUAACCAUGUUAUGGUUUUGUUUGGUGGAAAUGCAAUACAGUAACUGAAUGUAAUUCUAGCAAGCGUCAGCUUUGCGCAAUUACAUACAAAUGUAGCACAGGAGCUAGAUAACAAAUAUGGCUAUAAACAGUGUACCAGUUAUUGUAUCAGUAAGACAAUAGCUGUUAGUAAAGACCACAUUAUGGAUCAGCAAACAGUCAGCAGACAUUAUUUCCAUUGAAGUAAGUUCCCGUCCGAACAGUUCCUAUUUCCUACUGAUGAAAUACUGACAACAAAGGUAUUGUUCUGUUCACCACAAAACGUUCAGUGUCUGAUAAAGUUUAUAGAACAGAUGCGCAAAUCUAUCUAAGGCCUGAGAGCAUGUUAAGCAUUUAAAGGACUUUCAAUACUAGCGUCCUAAAUAGUAGGCCGUUUGAGUACGCAAAAAUUAGUAUGUGACAUUUCGAAAAUUUUGUAGGCAUUAAAUGGCCGAAUGUCAUACUCAUUUCGGCUUCUCAUGUAGUAUAAAUAAAUUGUACACUUUUUGGGAAUUUCACAAUCACAAUGCAUUCAAACCGGAUAAAAGGAGGGUUUCGAGAUUUGAUAGUCCUCUGAAAGUGAGGGCUUCGAGAUUCGAUAGUCCUCUGAAAGUAAACAAAAAACCGAAUUGAAGAUGGCAAAGAAGACGAGCAAAGAGUCUCCUACAGUGUUCAAAUCCUGACAGAUCAAUGGAGAACACAUCCCAACCCUUUCCACCUGUGUCCAACACCUCCUACCUCAAUGCCUCCUCCAUCUCUCCCCUCUGCCCCUCCUUCACCACCCGCUUCGUCCUCCCCUCCCUCUACACCCUCCUCUUCCUUACGGGUCUCCCGGGCAACGCUCUCUCUCUCUGGGUGUUCUUGAGGCGUAUCCCCACCCAGACCUCCACCCAUGUCUACCUGUCCCACCUGGGCCUGUCCAACCUGUGCCUCUCCCUCACCACCCCCUUCCUGGCUGCUUACUACUCACAGGGUCCAGCUUGGCUGGUGUGGAGCCCCCUGUGCCAGCUGGUCCUCCAUGGGGUCACACCCAUUCAGCAGAUCAACAUCUACAUCAGCAUCUUCAUCUUGACCUGGGUGGCUCUCAGCCGCUUCGCCACCCUCAUCCAGCACACCCAUGCCAGCCGCCCCAGCACUUGCACCACCCUGCUACCCCUUGCCUUCUUCACCAGGCUGAGACGGGUGAGGUUCGCCAAGGCCGUGUGCGCCGGGGUCUGGAUAAUGGUGGUGGUGGCCAUAGUACCCGUGACAGUUUACUAUUCAGUGAGGGAGACGAAGGUGGGUGGAGGUGGUGAGAAUGGAGGGAGAGGAGGACGGGGUGAGGAGAAGGGGGGGAGGGUGUGUUACAGUGUGGCAAUGGAGAUGGGGGGAAGCCUGUCGAGGGGGGCGAUGGUGGUGGCCAUUGUGAUCUUCUUCAUGUGUUUCCUGCUGGUGCUGACGUCGUACAUGGCGGUGGCGAGGCAUAUAUGGAGGUCGCGUCGGAGUGCCGCUGUCAACGGCUCCCAGAAGCUGCUGGGAAGAGUGUUCCGGAACAUCGUGGUGAUCCAGGUGGUUCUGAUAGUGUGCAUGUUGCCUUACCACAUCUUCAAGUCCAUCUUUGUCUCCAUUGUCCAGCACCAAGCUGACCCAGCCACCACCACCACCAGGGGGCCCUGCCAUCCUCUCUCUGCCAUCGUUGAGGUCAAGAACUUACUGCUUUGUCUCACCGUGCUGCGGUGUUCUGCCGACCCAGUGAUGUACUUCUUGUUGGACAAGACCUUCCACAGGCAUGUCAUGUUACUGCUUAGGCUCCACCCACAGAAGCCCAGCAGCCAAUCAUCCAGCGGGGCCACCACCAGAGCCAAUCCAAAUGGUGUGAGGUUGGAGGAGACUGUGUGUCAUAAGGGUGAGGGGCCAUGGAAAGAGUCAUUCUCGGUGAACUGGAGUCAGGGAAGUGCUCUGUAAAGUUGUUUUAUUUUUUACAUUGACCAUUUUCAUCACCUCAUUCAACAACAUUCAUUAAAUUGACCAGGAGAAAUGAGUCCAGAACUUUUACCAUGUGGUGCUGUUUUUUCACUCCCAAUUCAUUCAAAGAGCACCUUGUAUAUUUAUGAGGGAGAGGGAGAAGUAAUGUGCAACUUGAUAUGUAUAUUUUUAAUGCUACUGCCUCUGAUCUGGCGGUCUCACUAAACACACAUGCUGUCGUUUGUAAAUUAUGUCUGAGGGUUGGAG